GCCGCUGGAGAGUCGUGUGCUUCGCACCCUGCCGGCUGUGCAUAACAACCCCUUCUUUGCGUGGCUUCACCACGUUCGCUACUUUUCGUUAAAAGUUAAGAGUGGAAUUAAAAACUUACUUCCGAGGUCCGAAUUUGCGUUGCGCGAGCAAUCGCGCGUACAGCUGAGUUUUAAAUACCUUCUUUCUUAACAUUGUGUAACUUGGUGUAAUGAAACUCCUCUCGCGCCUUUCUGUUCCCGUAUGCUAGAAUGAAUAUGCGUCGUGACACACGCAAUUAAUUCAAGAUUUAUAAAGGAUUAAUCAAUACAAAGGAUGACAAUCUCUUCGUGAUCGGAGUUCCAAUCUCAUGAUCAGACUUGAAAUUUCAAUUUACAAAUAAGGGGCCGUGAAUGAGAGUGCGCGAUUGGAAAGGCGGGCAUUGUGCGUGCGUUUUGUAGGAACGCAAUUGUCCAAUGUGAUUCAAUGUGAAACUGGUAGGAUCACGCGUGGUGGCGAUUUCGUUCGGAAAGCGUUCAUCCCAAGCGCAUCCCAUUUCCGGUCGUUUGCCAUUCGGAAACGUGACGUAUUUGCGAAGAAGUGCAUCGAUCAUGAAUUGGUGCGACGUACGAAUUUACGCAGAUUCGGUCGACAAGUCGUCCGCACGUCGAGGAAUGUUCGCAUCGGACGCCAAAGCAUGAGGGACGACGCAUUGACGUAAUGAUGCAGAGAGCAGUGCUGCUGCUCUGUUGGCUGCCGCUCCUCAACCACUGCCACGCCGUAAAUCCAGGUUGUUCUUGUGUUGUAUACAGCAGCUCGGACAGACCUCAAGGUGGCACUUUUACAUCUCCUAAUUUUCCGAAACGGUAUCCACCGAAUAUCGAUUGCCUUCUAUACACAUUUAUUGGUCAUCCAGAUGAAAUUGUUGUUCUAACAUUUCAUCAAUUCAACAUUCGUCGCAUCGAGCCCGAUUGUACAAAAGGAGAUUACUUGAAGUUAUUUUUACACCUGGAGAGUAAAGGCAUUUCCGAGUAUACGCCUUGGUCCAAUGUGCUUUGCGGAGAACUGCGUGACACCCCGCAAGUUCUUUACAGUUCGAGAUCGACACUCAUUCUGGAGUUUCAUACUGAGGGUCCACCGUCUAAUGCCACUGGCUUCUCCGGCACUUUUCGUUUUAUCGACAGACGUUUAUUCGAGAUGGACGGUCUGCUGGUGCCUGGCACGAUGUGCGACCAUGAGUUUAUCAGUUCGCAAUCGACACCUCAAUACGGACGAUUUUACUCGCCGCGGUACCCGUCUCCCUAUCCGAAGAACAUCCGGUGCUCCUACCUCUUCCGGGCAAGGUUGAAGGAAAGAAUCCGUUUGGUCUUUGAGGAGAUUUCCCUGCAAAAAGGAGAUUUAAGUUGCCUGAAUAGGGCGGAUUUAAUCAGGGUGCACGACGGAACGGAUUCAGGGGCGCCCACAAUAGCUGUGCUCUGUAACCAGGGAGCGGAAGUGGAGGUACUCAGCACAGGAUCAGGUCUCUACGUCGAGUUCGUCGCUAAUUCCGAGUGGCCGGGCCAAGGCUUCAAGGCGAUGUUCCAGUUCCAGCCAUUGGACGAUGCGCUACAUCCUGAGCCGGACAAGGUCCCGGGGGCCGUUACGGGAAACCCCAAGUACUCGGUCAUCGGACCAGCUGUCAGCGCUACUACGUCGCUCUGCGACGUGGUUUACAACAGCGAUUCAACAAAAACGGGCGUAGUUAUGUCACCUGGAUACCCAAACCCAUAUCCACCCAGAACACACUGUACAUACGACUUCCAAGGAAGAGGAAAGGAGCGGGUGCAGGUUAUAUUCCAGGACUUGAAUCUGUUUCACUCACCGAGCGAUCCAAAUGACUGCGAAGGAGUCGAUUCACUGGUGGCAUUCGUGCAUAUUGACGGGAAAAAGGACAAAAUAGAUGCGUUCUGCGGAGAUACACCACCGCGGCCUAUUAUGAGCAACGGUCCGCGGCUUUCCUUGGAGUUUCAGGGAGUAACGUCAUCUCGUCAUUCGAGAGGCUUUAAAGCGACAUACACCUUUAUGGAAAACUUCGGUAUAACGACAGGUCGGCAGGAAGGGCAGUAUCCGUGUGCCUUUGUUUUCAACAGCAACGAGACCCGGAACGGUACGUUCGCGUCGCCAAAUUACCCCGGACUGUACCCUCGUAGCACGGAAUGCUACUACUUCUUCUAUGGUCAAUCUAACGAGCGGGUUCACCUUCAUUUCCACUUCUUCGACGUCGAGGGAGUGUUGCCGUGCGAAGCUGUGUCAGCUAGCGAUUACGUUGAAUUUUCCAACUACAUGAUCAGAGACCGGAAGUAUCCGAGGCACUGUGGUCAGCUGAAAGAAUUCGACGUUUACAGCGACAGGAAGUUCUUUCGCGUUACGUUCAAGAGUAACGAUCGUCUCGACGCCACGGGCUUUAAUGCCAGUUACGUGUUCCUAGACGAGGAAGAAAAUUACACGAUGAAGAUACCUGCGAGCAACGGAUCGGCACGGCACGGUAUCGCGCCUUCGCCCCUGCCGUUGCUGCUGCUACUGCUGCUGCUGUUCACGAACUGUCUCUUCGUUGGUGGUAGAGGCUCGCAUUAAGAAAAGGCAGGCCACACGGCGGCCACGUGGACAAGUCUUGGCUCAAUUUACAACGAACCGCAACUUUAAGAUCCAUCUGAGAGCCAUCCAGAGUCACCAAUAGCUCAGCUCAUCGAAGAAAGUGACGACCUCGUUGACAAAUUCGUCGGGAGGGAGUCUGUUACUGAAGUCUAUUAUCCGACCCGGGACGCAAAGUCUUAAAUGUGUCCACGCAUCCUUUCUCAUUCUAUCCCAUUCGUCCGCGUCACGUCGACCAUUUCGAGGAGAAAGCAUCGGUGGUAAAAUACUUUUACGUCUAAACAGCGCGCAAGAGAAACGACCGUGCGGACGGUGUCAUUCGUCGAGAACUCGUCGCAGCUCCGUUACCGUAAACAAGAGAAGUGGGAUUAAUUGGCUGCGUGGCUAAAUUGCCGCUAGUGGCCUACGAGGGUAAGUUUGCAGUCGGCAAGUAACUCUUCCGAGAAGGAUUCUUACUUUCGGUGAAGUAUAAGUAAAUCUUUUUCGCGAUGACAAGCUGCGCAAAGGAAAAACAUUACGACCCGUUGCCGCUGUUUCGAUUCUAGCAAAUGCACGCGAUCUCUGUUUAUCGUUUACAAUUUAACUUUAAUCACGAUUUAAAACUUGAAUGGCGCUCGCAGCUGCGAAAAACUUUAACUCUCAAUGUUUCUUUCAAUACCGAGAAAAUUGUUAAGUUAAGGGCGCGUGCACUGCCAGACCAGGUCCAGACCAAGCGAACGUGCGCGAAUAAACAUGAAUGAACAACUCGCGACGCCUUUAUCCUUAUCGAAGCAAGUUAUUCGUUCGCGUUCGUUCGCGCUCGUGCGAAUUUUAUUUGGAUCCUGCUUUAGAGAAAAUCAUUUAUUAUGCGAUCAUUUAAAUCUGAUUUUACUCGUUCAAUCGACAAUGUUUUUCUCCUCUCGCGGGGAACGAAUCUCUUAAGUCAUCGUAAUUGUCUGUCCGUAUAUCGAAAGUCAUACAUACCGUAGGAAAAAUUCGCCUUCACAAAUACGCUACGGACGGACCUUUACUCUACAUCCUCUAUACGACUGUGAUGUUCCCGUUCUUUCUUAGUUUAAUAGAAACAAAAUCAAGUCUGAUCAUUCGCGAUAGCGAACAUUUGUAAUUGAUAAUUAGGUCCUGGAGAUACUGUUAAUCGCCGAUUGCAUCAUGAGAACUUAGGAAGCGUAUAGUUAAGUAUUUAUCGUCAAAAGUCCUGUUUCAACGAGCGAGCGUUUUAGACUAACAGGAAAAUUGUGUAAUAAUUCGAAAUUUCGGAUUUCGAACCCAGUGAGAAUACGUAAUUGACACAUUUAAUGGAAUAUAUGAGAGCGAUUGCAAUUCUUAAAAAUGCGCGUUCGAUUGAGCGAUUUCGGCGAUGAAUGUUUCAAUAAUGAGCAAUACGUGAUCGACCGAAUUUACGGGCUAGUGAUGAUUAAAGAGGGAUAUUUUGGAAACAUUUUUUGAGUUUGUGGACUGCAUCAAUAUUACACAAUUGGAUGUCACGGAUGCAUUAGUAACUACUAAUUUCUUUCAAACAAUAUUUUAUCAUCGCAUUCAGUAAAAAUCGCAUUAGUCAUACUAAUUUUUUUUUUUUUUUUUUAUUAAAUCGAUACACAACUACAUGAGCAAGAAUUAUAUAUAUUAAAAAAUAUUUUUGUCUAAUUUUCUGUCCAAAACAUUAAUUUUUACAUUAAUUAGUUAUUAAAAUUGAGUGUUUUACAGUAUAAUUUUUCUAAGACAUGCAUACGAAGUUAUUACCAUUUUUCUCGAUAAAACAGAGUUUUUAAGUAAUUAGAAAUUAGGAAACAAUUUUUCAUUGAGUAAAAAAAAAUAAUAAGCAUUCUUUCUCUCGUACAUUACAGAACAUGCUGCAAUAUUGCUGAAAUGUUAUAUUGUAUGGGUAUCUAUUGGAACUUGUCUAUUUCUUUAAUAUCAUUUUAAGUUAGCAAUUAAUUUAUGAAUGAAAUCUUCAUCUAUUAAAGAAAAUUUUAUUUGAAAUACUUAUAACUCGAUGUAGCUCUUUCCGUGCAAAAUUACACGAGUAAGAGUACAUAUGCUACUGAAAAGUAUAUUAUGCACCGCCAAGUUCUCAAAGGGUUAACAAAACAAAUACCAAUUUGCUUCAAAGUAAAUUUCGUGCGUUUUCGCACCAAGCGUAAUAUGUUCGUGAAUUGAAGAUUGUUAAUAUUGAUACUGCUACGUCAUAGAAAUACGAGUAAAUGUGGUGCCCGUCAAAGAGUGCAGUCUGUUAUAGAAUAAUUUAUAUAACGGCCGUACAACUUGAGAAACAAGAGAAGAGAACUCGGCUCAUUGUAAAUUCGGCUGAAAUGCACUCGCGCUGCGUCAAUAUAACGUAAAACUCCUCCACUUUCUCAAAAAAAUGAUUUCUAAAAGAACAAGUUAGUGAAAUUAUAGGCCCGAUGUAUUUCCUCGAGCUUACUACAGCGAUUAUGACAACCAGAUAGUGUCGUAUUCUAACAAGUCUCCGCACGUCGAGCGUGAGUCGCGGUAUACCCGACUGUAUUUACACAAAAUCAUGUCGAAAAGCGUGAGCUCGAUGCCGAGCGAACAUGAUCUCGCGGAACGUGUGGAACGUGUGGAAAAUCAGCAUGGAAGAUAACACAAGUGUGAGGAAUGAGAAUGGACUUCUAUGAACUCGAUAUCAAAUUGUGUAUCUAUAGAUACAUAACUAGGUAGCAAUACUGUCAUUGUGUACGUUAGACUCUAUCGUACGUCAAGUACUUUUUAAAUAGAUUUAUAAUAUUUUUUAUAAUUUUAAAUAGGUUUAUAAUAUGUGUUAGUAAAAAUUCUUCCGAUAAAAGUUUCCGAUUAAUUUUUGCAAGGAAAAUAUGCUCACACGGUGUGACGUGUAUGUACGUUUGCGUGUCGCGUGCGAGAUGCAAGAGGUAACUGCGUGUGUGAUGUGUGAUCGGAGAAUCAUUUUCGUUUUCCGUUGUUUCUACGUUAACGGAGAAUAAGAGAAAGGGUAAAGAGGAGAGAUAACACUAUUAGCAAAUUGAAUAUUUAAUUGGCACUAUUAAUUGCUUACAUGUAACUAUCACCAUGUAAAUAUUGUUACAUUCGACCCGUUUCAAACGCUGUCACUAUACAUAGCCACACUGUCUUAAACCGUACUAGUGAUUCACGAAUCGAGAGAGCCAACAUGAGAAGCGAUAGGUCACAGCUUUGACAGUCGGGGAAAGUAUAAACCCUCUCUGUUACCAAUCCAUCCCGAUGCGUCGUCGAAACAAUGGUAUUUAUUUCACAGUCGAUACCUACAAUCAAUUGAGUUAAUUUAUUGUAGCGCAUACGUAUAAAUUAAUUAAUUAAUUAUGUAAUUAAUUUUAUGAUAUAUAUAUAAAUUAGCAUUAAUCUCAUAAAACUGAUGCUUGCAAUCAAUUGAUUGAUUGAGAAUUAAUUUAUUACAACACACUCACGUAUAAAUUCAAUGACGAAUUUGUGACAACUUUUUUGUAAGAUAUGCCACUGUCCAUGAGUUUGGAAACGUGGUAAAUUCAAACGAUAAAAGAAACGAAAGGAAUAUAUGUUGCUACUUCAACGUUAAAUGUGUCACAAAGAUAAGAGAGAAACUUUACGUGCAGUGCAGCCUUCUGAAAAGUAUUUAAAGUUGAAAAUUCUUUGUUGAAGUAUCGUUAUACAAAUAUAUAUUAUAUUAUCGUUAUAUACAUAUAUUAUAUAUAUGUUCACGAACCUAUGGACAGUAUCGUGUAUCUCUUCCAUCGCUAAUUUUUUGUAUUUACGCCUAAAGAAAAACCGAUGAGCAAGUCGGAUCAAAAAUCCAAUAGCGAUGUACUACUGGAACGCCCUGUAAUCAGGCGAGAAGUUCAGGGGCGGCCUUAUAACGGCAUGCGUUCCUGAGUCCUAGAAACGUAACUUUUAUCCUUUCGUACCGCCUAUUACUGGGACCUACGAGUCGAGUUAUCCGAGUUGCGCCUGGGGCGCUCCAAACUUUGUCCUGCGGUUAAAACUAUCCGAAAGCAUCGCAGUCGUGCUCCGGAACAAAGGCCCGGCCGUUGAUCGGAGCACCGACUUCGGUAUCCGCUGAAAGCAGCGGAUGUAUUUUCUUAUUCUGUUUUGAGGCUCUUGCCCGAUCGUCUCACGCAUAAGUUAUGAGAGUGUAAUGCAAUCAUCGUUACUGUCCUCUAAAUAAACCUUCACGUAUGAAUCCAUACGUCAAUUCUA